GCGCUUCUCUUUGCGGAUCUUCCAACCCUCUUCCAUUUAGCCAACAGCCGGGGCGACCUUUGUCGAUGCCGAGAAAGAUGGUAGUGCGGAGCGCGCACCGGAAUUAGAACAUCCGUCUAUUUCACCACAUGUUGCCUUUGCGGACACCAGUCGUCGUCAGCGAGAUCAUGCGAAUAGCCAACGCCGAGAUGGAAAAUUCGUGGACGUUGCGACCGGAUGCUCUUGGUAGUAUUGAUUGUACACUGCCAAGUGUCGCUCAAGGUCAGCAUUUCACCGCCUGCGAGCACAGCCUCAUUACUCCGGACACGACAUCCACCACACGCACCAGUGCAUCCAUAUCUGCUGCGUCUUAUCAUAAACACAUGCACACCUCUGUCUCAUAUUCAGCCCAUAACGCAAGAAUAAUCAUCCACGAAUCUUCUCCCACCAUAGCGGUGCAUGGUGAUCAGCGAAGAUCAAGCAAGAUAAUUCAGCGUUUGAGUGGCGACCUCCCUGACCUCGUUGUGAAAUGGUCGGGACUGCUUCAUGUCAUUAUCAAAUUGAGAAUUUUCGAUUCGUCCGUUGCCAGCUUAGGUAAUAACAAGAUCUGGACUUGUUCGCACGUCAUCCGUGACAUGUGUAUUGUCAAUCACGAGAACGACUUGGACAAGAUCCAGGCGUGCAGGCGGCGUUGGCCUAGGGAUGCGUCAAUCACCACUCACCAUGUCGCCAGCAGGAUUCUUCUAUUUGUUCUCGACCUAGGUGGACUGUAGCUGGGGUGAUUUGAGGCAGUCAAUUCUGACUCUGUCUCAUGUCGCCUAGGGUCUGUGACCGCGGUUACAUCGCAGGAUAGCGCCACACCAGAUAAUUAGAAGACAUCGUGGACAUCCCUACCACCAGAAGUCGCGCAGGGAUCUCUCUGAAUACAUGAUCCAGCAAUCGAGGAAGUACCAAGGGCGUUGGGAUG